GUUCAACCUCAUUCUUCGUCAUUAUCAAUUCCAAGAAUAAUGGAAUUACGAAAUUCGGAUGAUUAUUAUUUAAAAGAUUCCAAAAAAUUUGAACAAAAAUCAUUGAGUUUAGAUAAACUACACAAUUUAAACAAUGAACCAAUCUAUGAUACUGUACCAUUUACAUCAUCUUCAUCAUCUUCAUCUUCAUCGUCGUCACCAUCAUCGUCAGCAUCGUCACCAUCAUUGAGAAAACAAUCAUCCAACAAUCAAUUCGAGCAUUUCCAUCAUUUAACAUUGAAUAAUUCUGAUCAUGUAAGUUAAAA